AUGUUGUCCCUGUCGUCCGAGCUUCUUCCUGACAACGUAGUAUUCGACAUCCUGACUCGGCUGCCUGUGAAAUCUUUAAUCCGAUUCAGGUGCGUUUCUCAAUCUUGGAACUCCACUAUCACAAACCCCAUUUUCAUUACAAAACACCUCGAUCUCGCAAGUUCAUUAUCCGACAUCAACAACUAUGGUUAUCUGUUAUUCACGCCACUAAGAAAUUACCUGCCACUGGAUCCUUCAUCUUCCAAAGAAUGGACUACUUUUGUUUACAAUACCAACCGCACGUUGACCCAGAUUUCAAGGUUUGAAAUUCCCUUUCAUAGCAACCUCAUAACUGGCUUCUGUAACGGCGUGUUCUGCCUUGCUGCUAACAAUGAUGACUCUGAUGAAAAAGAUCUUAGACGCUCUUUGUAUUUGUGGAACCCAAGCAUUAGAAAGUUAAAGAAGCUUCUAUCUACUCAUCCUGCUGAUCGAGCCGUUUUUGGAUUUGGGUAUCAUCCUCAAAACAAUGACUACAAGAUUCUGAGAGUUAAGUUUGCUAUACGAGAAGUGACACGAAAACCCGCUGAGGCCGAGAUUUACACACUGAGUACUGCUUCGUGGAGAAAGGCUGUAAUUUCGGAGGAGUCAUUUAGUGGCUCUGAUUCUGGACCCAAUGGAUCAGUUGAUUGGGUAUAUUUCCCAACCCGAUUAUGUUUUAAUGGAGCUUUGCAUUUUAUAGCAUUUUCUGGGAACCAUAAGUUCAUCUUGUCCUUUGACAUCAAUGAUGAGAGAUUCCGUGAGAUUUUGCUGCCUCAAAAUUACUUAGAAGGAAUUGUUAAGCAUUUUGAACGCCUUGCAAUGUUCAAGGGAUCGUUGGCUUUGAUUGUUUUCGGUGAAGAUCUAGUUGAGAUGGGUGACAUAUGCCACAUAUGGGUGAUGAAGGAGUAUGGUGUGGUUGAGUCUUGGGCUAGAAAAAGUGUACCGAUGAAACAAGUUGCAGAGUUCUUUAGCUGCACCACCAAUGGGGAACUUUUGAUCGAGAGGCUUACCCCCUAUCAGAGCUUUUUAUUCGAUCCUUAA